AUGCCAUACUCACCAAAGAUAGUAUACAAAGCGGGUACGACAAUUCCCAUUCCUGAUGCACUCAGCAGAGACUGUGUAAAUAACGAGCCAGAUUCCAAGGAUGACGAGGAACUAAUCGUUCAUCUACUGUUACCAAUGUCAACAAAUGCACAAACGGAACUACAGAAAACAGUAAAAGAAGAUGACGAGUUACAAAUGCUCAAGAAUACCAUCGAAUACGGUUGGCCAGUUGAAGUGAAAGACGUAACGGCACAGUUACAAAAAUACUGGAACUACCGUGACGAAUUGUCACUAUACGAUGGAAUAAUAGUUAAAGGUGAUCGACCAUUGAUACCAGCAACGCUGAGAUCCAAAUACUUGAAGAUAAUACACCAAGGACAUUUAGGAAUACAAAGCAAUCUACACAGAGCAAGAGAAGCGAUAUUCUGGCCACAAAUGACACAAGAUAUAACGGACUAUGCGAAUAAAUGCGUCAUCUGUCAGACAUAUAUACGUGCAAACAUCAAGGAACCGAUACAGCUCCAUCCGAUUCCCAAUGAAGCCUGGAAUACGGUAGCAACGGACCUAUUUGAAAUAAAAGGAGAUAUGUAUAUUCUUAUAGUAGACAGCUACUCCGGAUUCUACGAUGUAGUCAAACUAAGGACAACAACGAGUGAGUCUAUUAUCAAAAUCCUUAAACAUUGGUUUUCAUUAUUCGGAAUUCCGAAGAAAUUAAUAUCAGAUAACGGACCGCAAUUCGCGUCAAGCGAAUUUAAGAAGUUUGCAAGGCAAUGGAACUUCGAACACGUAACAUCGAGUCCAGGAUAUCCACAAUCCAACGGAUUAGCCGAGAGGUUCGUGCAAACUGCGAAAGCAUUACUGAAAAAAUGCCAACAAGAUGAUUCUGAUAUACAAAUGGCACUUCUCGCUGCACGAAAUACUCCCAGACCAGGAUUACAAUCACCAGCAGUGAGACUGUUUGGCAAGCCGACCAGGACGACACUUCCAACAGCAAAUACGGAGAAGAAAACUGAUACAAACAAAGCCCUCGAAGAAGCUCGUCAGAAACAGAAGAAAUAUGCAGAUCGAACUAGGCCUGGGAAACUAGAAGUCACACCAGGUGAAAAUGUUCGAAUACGAACCGGACAUCGACAAUGGAAAGGAGGCACGGUGGUCACACAUCAUGAAGCGCCACGAUCAGUAAUCGUCAAAACCUCAGAAAGAACUGUACUUCGACGUAACUACUCAGACGUGCACAGAACAGCAGCGAACAUGGGAGAAAAUAAACAGCCGUCGACAGCCAUUCCAAUAGGACUCGAAGGACCUACCAAUAUCGAUGACCAACAACCAGAGACAAAGGAUACCGAGGCAACUGCAGGGGCUGGCGAGAACACCAAAGUUCCCACUACCACGACCCGAUCCGGACGAGCAGUUCGACCACCAACAAGAUUAAAUUUAUAA